UCCGCAUCUCAUUAGCGGCGGGGCCAAUUUCUCCAUCUACAAGCUCCGCUCGAAGAAAGAAAAAAAAGAAAAAAAAAAGGAAAAAAAAAAUUGGAGGAAUUCGCAUUUCUUUCGCACCUUCACAAGCUUUAAAGUGCUUGUUAGUGUCUUUGCGGUCAUUUUGAUUUCGAGCCCAUUCUUCGGCUUCAGUCGCACAAGGAGGCGUCGGCGUUCCUUGAAUUUUUGGGAGGAAGCUUGCGGUCUUUGUUCAUUCAUCUGAUCGGUUGGGUUCCUUUGUUGGAACAAAAGCAUGGGAGCGCAAAUCUCCAAAACCACUGGAAAAGAGGAAGCCGCGGUGGAAAAGCCAGCAGAAGGUGCAGCUGUUGCGUCAAAGACGAACGGACAGGAGAAUGGGCAUGCUAAAAGCAAUGGAGAUGCUUCUCCUGCAACAGAGGAAGCCAAUAAAGCUGAUGUACAGGCCAAUGGAAGCACUCCUACUGAAGAGGCGCCAAAAGAAGAGGGUGAAAAAGUAGAGGACGCAGAGGCUGCCACGAACGGAGAGUCUUCAGCCAAGGCGGAGGAAGGCACUCCGACCACCAGUGAGGAUGGCAAGCAGAAGAAAAAGCGUUUCUCUUUCAAGAAACCCUCCUUUAAGCUUAGCGGCUUCUCUUUCAAGAAGACCAAGAAAGAGUCUGAAGAGGCAGCAGAGGAAGGAGAAGCUGCACAGCCAGCCAAAGAGGAGAAGCCUGAAUCAGAGGAGGCAGCUACUGAAGAGGCCAAGCCAGCUGAGGGUGGUGAGGAGGGAGCCAAGGAGGGUGCAACUGAGGAGGUGAAGCCAGAGGAAGCUGCUGCUGGAGAGGAGAAACCGGCUGAAGCUUCACCUACUGAGCCAGAAACAGCAGAGGCCACAACUGCUGCUGAGUAAUCCUGCCCAAUGAGACACCGGAAUGAAGGAUGAUGUAGCCCAUCUGAAGGAAUAAGAGGACUUGUCUAAAACCAGGGAUUUUUUUUUUUCUUCAUUUUGUUUACUACUCCGCAACCAUCUCAUCCAUAGAGACUGCAAUGACCCUGGCAGUGAUGGACAGGAGGUGCAGUAGAGUGUGUGCUGCUUCCUCACUGCGUGUUGGUGCUUGCAUGUGUGAUGUGGGUGUGUGAGUGCAAGUUUGAGUGGGAUUUUUUUUUUUUCUUUUCUACAUGAUACCAUAACAUGUUGGUGAAUUUAACAUAUUUAAUCAAAGUAUUUGGUGCUGGGCAAUUGGAUGUAGCAGCUAAAGCUGUGUCUGCAAGAUCUGACACAUUGUGAUAUUUAAAGGGAAAUUCCUUACCCAAGUCUUAAAUGUUGUCUUUGCAGUGCACAGUUGUUUACAACUCUUUUAAGCUCAAUGCUCCUGUGGACACAAACCAUUCCUGAACUAGAUUUAGUUAACUGUCAAAAAAGGGUUAAAAAAAAAAAAAAAAAAAAAAUAGGUGCUCAUCACGUUCCAUAGAUUCCACCAUCUCAUUUCUGUAGUAAUGCACGUUGUAUAGACUUUGAUAUUACUGGUUUUAUGACUGAGAUGUACCUAAUGACUGAAGUUUUUACCUGAUUACCCAUUGUAAAUGAAGUUUUUUUUCUCUUUUUUUCACCAUUUGUAAGAUUAAAUAAAAUUGGGAGAUGUUUUAAGCAGAUUCUGCAUCAAGCUGUGAUGAUUAUGAAACCACUUCAAGUCUACACAAAGCACAUGUCAGAGGUAGUCUUUCAAUGGCAUUUUCCUUCUGUAUACAAUGAGGCUCAAUAUUCAAUAUGGAAUGUAACAAUACCUGCAUACUGGUGACAAGGUGUUAAGUUUAUUUCUGAGUUCUGCUGGCGAAUAAAGCAAUGAAAUGUG